AUGUCAAACGACACUGGUAGCGUUCGAGGCACCGCUGCGUUCGCGAGGCCUGGAUCUACCGCCGGUGGCCCCGGGCUACCUAGGGACGCUGUCGCAUUAGGACCUAGGCCGCAGAGCGGUGGCCCCGGGCUACCUGGGGACGCUUACACUUGGUACGACAGUCUGCUGGGUCGCCUCCCGGAGGCUGAUGAUCCGCUGUCCCGACGCCACGGUCGCCUCCGGCUCUAUAUGGCCGUUAGCCGGGCACCCGUGGUGCCGGAGGAGCUGUUGCGCGAUUCUACAGGCGAGUUGCUGGACCUGAGGGGUGUUCUCGGCCUGGGGGGGAUCAAUUCCUCUGAAACCUCGUCGGUACCGACCAUCCACUCGCCCGCUGUCGCGUCGAGAUCGAAGUGGUUCCCGUCGCUUACUCCGAAUCGCUCGUGGUCGAUCUCGGCCCGAAGCGCGGUAAAUGUAUCCGGGACAGUCGAGGAGCGAGCGUCAUACGGGAUUAGCUCCGCCUGGGAGAUCGUAUUCGCCUGCCGUCGCUGGGAAUACCGCUGGCGCCGGGCCGCAAGCGCUGCAGCUCGAUUCGGAUACUUUCGUGGGCGGCCAACCAUGAUCGUGUCAUCUCUACACCAGGCAGACCGUAGCCAGAUACCCCUCUAUGCCGUUGAGUUCCCCAAUGCGGCACCGAGCGUUUACGGCAGUACUAUCUCUAGUGCUCAUACCGACACAUAUACUGACGCAGACUCUGAACAUCGUCCGUCACGGUCCCGCUCACAGAGCAGCGCAGAUCUAGAUUAUGCCGACCUCAGGGCCCGAAUACACCAGGAGGAGCAAGCGGUUCAGGCUCUUAUGGAACAGCCCGAUCAGCGUCCAGCGCGGCGCGCUACAACGAACCCCCCGAUGGCCGAGGUUCCGGUGCACCGAUUCGGGACCCCAUCGCGCCACUGGCGUCCGGCCGAAGUGGCGAAGCUCGAGGAGCUCCUCGGGGAGUUCGGCACCGCGUGGCAGGCAAUCUGGAACGACAACUAUAUCGGAUGGACCAAGGGCCCCAAAUCCGACUGGAUCCACCCUGGCCGAGACGCCAAAAAGUACCGCUACAAAGCGAGGAAUAUGAAGAUUCAGAUCAUGAGUGCUCAGGAGGACGUACCGAUCUACCUUGCGGACGUAAAUCUCUCCCGCGCCGAGCUAAACCGAGUCGCCCAGGGACGGAUAUCACACGCGAGCGCUCGGGGUCCCCAGUCACGGCGUCCGCUCCCACAGUCUACUCGGCGAACAGGACACUAUACCCGAAAGUUUGAGCAGAGCCUUUUCAGGAUCCCUCCUAGCUACUAG